GCAGCAUAUGAUCUGAAGAGCAGGCAGGAAAAAGAUUCCCUCAGCCCCAGGUUUGCACACCACUACCAGUGGCAGGCGCCGGCAAGGAAGCCAUUCACAUCCAGUGCUUGAAAGCACCACCCAAUUAAAGAUGAAAGGCGCCACCGUCGAGGUCCAGAUCGUGUCCAGGCGUGUCAUCCGGCCAGAGCCGGCGACCUCGCCGGACGGCGGGCCGCCGGAGCCGGAGAUCAUGCACCUGACACCAUGGGAUCUCCGCAUGAUCGCGGUGGAUUACAUCCAGAAGGGAGUCCUGCUGCCCAAGCCCCAAACAGGAGGAGAAGCGGCGCACCUCGUCGACAGCCUUGCCUCGUCCUUCGCGAGCGCCCUCGACCGAUUCUACCCUCUGGCCGGCCGCCUCACCGUCGCCGAGGCCACCGACGGCGGCGUGCCCCGUCCGGGCAUCGUCGUCUCCCUGUGCUGCAACGGCGAGGGCGCCGAGUUCGUCCACGCCGUGGCGCCGGAGGUCACUGUCCGCGAUAUCACGGCGCCGGUAUACAUCCCGCGGGUGGUGUGGUCGCUCUUCCCGUUGAACGGGGCGCUGGGCACGGACGUGUCCCUCCCUGUUCUGGCGGCGCAGGUCACCGAGCUCGCCGACGGCGUCUUCGUGGCCAUGUCGCUCAACCACGGCGUCGCUGACGGGGCGACGUUCUGGCACUUCUUCAGCACCUGGUCAGAGAUCAGCCGGAGCGGCAGUAGUGAUGCCGGCGGUGAGCUCUCCACGCCGCCGCCGGUGCUCGAGAGGUGGUUCCUCGAGACUAGCUCGGUGCCUAUCACUCUGCCCUUCGGCAAGCUGGAAGACAUCGUCCGGCGGCCGGAGUACCCCCCGGUGCAGGAGUGCUUCUUCAAUUUCUCAGCGGAGAGCGUGAGGAAGCUGAAGGCGAGGGCGAACGCCGAGAUGGCCGGCACGGCGACGGCCACCAGCACCAUCUCGUCGCUGCAGUCCCUGCUCGCGCACACAUGGCGAGCGGUGUGCCGUGCCCGGGAGCUCGCGCCGGAGCGGGAGACGACGUACACCCUCCUCGUCGGAUGCCGGGGACGUAUGAAAGGUAUACCGCGGGACUACGUCGGCAACACCGUGGCGUUCGCCGUCGCCAGGUGUACGGCCGGCGAGGUCGUGGAGAAAGGUCUCGGCUGGGCGGCGUGGCUCAUGAACCGCGCCGUGGCGUCGUUCGACGAGGCGACGGUGAGGGACGACCUGGCGUCGUGGCCGCAGGAUCCAAGGUUCUUGUACGUGAAGCCGCCGAGGGAGGCCGCCGCCACCAUCAUUACCGGGAGCUCGCCGCGGUUCGACGUGUACGGCAACGACUUCGGGUGGGGCCGGCCGGUGGCCGUCCGGAGCGGCGCCGGGAACAAGACGGAUGGGAAGGUGACGGUGUACGCGGGGCGCGGCGGCGCGGGCAGCAUGGCGCUCGAGGUGUGCCUGGAGCCCGAGGUGCUCGCCAGGCUCGUCGCCGACGAGGAGUUCAUGGAGGCGGUGAGCGCCGCCGCCACCGCGUGAAGACGGCGCCAUGCGCGCGAGUCAGGCUCCUCCGCUGCUUGUCGCCGCCGACGACGAGGGAUUCCGGGCUUGGAGUGCGCGCCUCGUGAGUCGUGAGUGCUUCUUCAUUUUCUCUUCGGAAACUGUAGGAAGCUGAAGGCGAAGGCGAAGGCGAAGGCGAAGGCCGAGAUAUCCGGUACCGGCGACGGCCGCCAUCUCGUCGUUGCAACCCUGCUCGCGCAUUUUCAGAGGAGUAAGUGUGUGUGGUUUCAGAGGAACAAGCCCAUUUUCGGGCAAAGAUUCCAACAAAAUAAGGAAACUUUAGAUCCCCCACCCAAGAACACAAGCAAUGUAUGAUUUACACGGUGUCCCAGUGUCUCACUGGUAAAUGGUAAUCACAUAACGAACCAGAGAUACAUGCAUCAGCAGGUGGUUGGUACACACCAUGACACCAAGAUGCAGAUACUCUCAUCAAUCGCAAGCCACGCACACACCUCGGCCGGCCAGGCCUGUUUGCAGGCAAAACCACAAACUAAUCAACCACAGAGUCAGCAGCAGCAGCAGCAGAUGCAGAGUGAUGGAGGCAAACCACAACGGGAGUGCGUACUGGAGGCUUGGGCAGGAGCGAAGGUAGAGGUGCCGCGGACUUUUGAAGUACGAAAGUGCUAGAAAAGAAACUUUACCUUUGCUCCAAAUGCAACGGGCCGUCCGGAGAUCUGAUGUCCAUAUGGUCUGCAAACAAUCUCCAGCUUCCAUUGCACCAAAAGGGAAGACGACCUCCAGAUUGGGGCACCUCUCGACGCGGCACCAUCUGAGGUGAUGGAAGUAUCUUCCAGGCAUGAUGGUUCUAUGCAGGGAUUCUGUAUAGCUGCCAGGAUUUGAACUAAAGUUGCAGAACACCAACAUCAAUUGACAGAAGGACGGUGAUCACAACUGACUGUCGCUCUAAAAUCAUCGAUCAAUGAAUCCUCUAAUUGAUCAGAGAUAGCUAGAUGCGUGCGUGCACAGCAUUAAUUAUCACAAGCAAUUAACCUGUCAGCGUUAUCAUCAAGCAAACACGGAAGAGGAUCGGAGGUUAAUACCCUGCAAAUCAAAUCAAAUGGAAGCUGAUCGGAUGAACCGAAAGCGAUUCCGAAAGAGACAGCUAGCUUUCCUUAGCUUUACCACGGGAUAAAUCAUCGUGUUAAGAGUUUGCUUCCUCUCGUCCUCUUCUCUUACGUUUCCGCAUUACAUUCUUGCAAUUUGUGUGCCUUUACAUUUUUAGUGUAGUAUCUUGUUAGGAUUGGCUCUAAGUUGCAAAAUUUGUUUUGGGAUGAGGGUUUCACACUAGAUUAACCAUACUUGCACAUUUUAAUAGCAUGAUCUAAUUUAAUUUUGAUGCAAAAGUAGUGGAAGCUAUAAAAUAAGAUUUUAAGUUGCCUGAUUUA